GCUUUCAGUUGUAUUUCAACGGCGAACGUGUCGAGUUGUCGAGCCUCGCAUUAUCUCUCGCUCACACAGUCUCUGCUGUGUGUGUUUGUUGACUCUCUCGCUGGCUCUCCGUUCUGUGGCCGCUCGCUCUCACAGUAGUGUUCAGUUGGCCCAUUCUCGGAGUCAUUGUUGCUGGCUAACUUUGGAGUGUUAGUUGUUUGUUAACUUUUAACGGGCGCGCGCGUUCCUCCAACUGCAGUUGUGUGCGGCGCGUAUCUCAGUGCCUCGUACUGUACGUGUGUCUCUUUGUGUAUGUGCGUCUGUACGUGUGUGCCAGUUAGACAAUUCACAAAAUUGAUCGACACGCCAAGCAUUACAGCAAAAUUAAAAACAACAGAAAACAAAGAAGAACUGAACUAAAUAUAUGGAAUUAAAAUCAUAUUAAAGCCAAACUCGACAACAAAAUAAUUGUUAAAAUAUUUUUUCCACAAUUUUUUUUUUGUGUGCUUUUGUGUAACUGAUUUUAAUUGUGCAAAUAACAAGGAACAAACACAAGAAAAAAAAAAUAGAAAAAACUCAAAAUGAGACAAACACCAAAGCAGCGUGUGAGUCCACUCGCUUUCAUCGUCUUUGUGAUGUUGUGCGGUGGCUCGUUUAUAGAACUGACCCAGGCCGAACUGAAACCCACUUUGGAGAUAUAUCCCAUGCAGGAAGUUCAACGUAAACCUGUUGGUAAACCACUUAUACUCACCUGUCGUCCCACUGUUCCCGAACCGGCCUUGGUUGCUGAUCUCCAAUGGAAGGAUAAUCUAAAUAAUACCAUUUUGCCCAAACCGCACAAUUAUGAUCCACUUUAUGAUUCCAAGGGGAAUAGAAAAAAUGUAACGGGACGGAACCAACCACCAAUGUACACGGAGACUUUGCCCGGCGAAAGUUUAGCUUUAAUGAUUACCUCAUUGUCGGUGGAAAUGGGUGGCAAAUAUUAUUGUACAGCAUCGUAUGCAAAUACCGAAAUACUCGAGACAAGCGUUACAAUUAAAACUUAUGUUGCCAUUACCUGGACAAAUGCACCCGAGAACCAAUACCCCAUCCUAGGUGAGGACUAUGUUGUCAAGUGUGAAGUUAAGGCUGAUCCCAAUCCAACAAUCGAUUGGUUACGCAAUGGCGAUCCGAUCCGCACUGGAGACAAAUACGUGGUGCAGACUCAUGGUCUACUCAUUCGCGAUGUCCAGGAAACGGACGAUGGCAUCUACACUUGCCGUGCCGCUGUCAUCGAGACGGGUGAACUGCUGGAACGCACCAUUCGCGUAGAGGUCUACAUCAGUCCGGUGAUCACACACUUGCCAACCACCUUGGAGGCCGUGGAGGGUAAACCAUUUGCAGCCAAUUGCACUGCCACCGGUAAGCCAGUGCCGGAGAUAAGCUGGAUUAAGGAUGCCGCCCAACAGAAUGUAGCCACAGCCGAUCGUUUCCAAGUGAACCCGCAGACGGGUCUGCUGACAGUGAACUCGGUGAGCCAGGAUGAUUAUGGUACCUACACGUGCAUAGCCAAGAAUGCCGCCGGUGUGGUUGAUCAGAAGACCAAGCUGAAUGUCCUGGUGCGUCCGUCUAUCUAUGAACUGUACAAUGUGACGGGAGAGAGUAAGAAGGAAGUUGCCAUCACCUGCCGUUCGAAGGGUCGUCCGGCCCCGGCCAUUACAUUCCGUCGUUGGGGCACCGAAGAGGAGUAUGCACCCGGCAUCCAAGACGACGACGAUCGCAUUGUCCUGGAGACCUAUUACAAUGAGGAGCGUGGCGAGAGUUCCGGCACCUUGCGCAUUGCCCGCUCCCAGCGAUCAGACGACGGCCUGUACCAGUGCAUUGCCCGGAAUAAGGGAGACACUGCCUACAAGACGGGACACAUCACAGUGCAGUUUGCCCCCGACUUUACCCACAUGAAGGAGCUGCCGCCCGUAUUCAGCUGGGAGCAGCGCAAGGCGAACUUGAGUUGUCUGGCCAUGGGCAUACCGAACGCCACCAUCGAAUGGCGCUGGAAUGGACGCAACAUCAAGGAUCUGUAUGAUACGAAUCUACAAAUUGUUGGCACUGGCCCACGCAGCGAUCUCAUUGUGCAUCCCGUGACACGGCAAUAUUACUCGGCCUACAAGUGCAUUGCGACGAACAUCCAUGGCUUUGCCGAGCACGAUAUGCAGCUGAAGGAGGCUCGCGUUCCCGACUUUGUUUCGGCAGCAGUUCCCCGCCAAUUGACAGCCACGACCAUCACCUGGGACAUUCGAGGACCGCCAACUGAAUUGGGUCUGCCCAUUUUGGCGUUCAGUGUGCAAUACAAAGAGGCUUUGAAUCCGGAUUGGUCGACGGCCUUGAAUCGCAGCUGGUCGCCGGACUCACCGUACAUUGUGGAAGGACUGCGGCCACAAACCUUGUAUAGCUUCCGUUUCGCUGCGCGCAAUCAAGUGGGACUCGGAAAUUGGGGUGUCAAUCAGCAACAGUCGACGCCGCGUCGAUCGGCCCCCGAGGAGCCAAAGCCAUUGCACAGCCCUGUCCAGAACGACAAGGAGGAACCCGUGGUUGUCUCAGCCUAUUCCGAUCAUUUCGAGCUGCGCUGGGGAGUGCCGGCCGAUAAUGGUGAACCAAUCGAUAGCUACCAGAUCAAAUACUGUCCGGGCAACAAAAUGGCUGGCACUUGGACCGAAUUGGAGAAUCGUUGCCACACUGUCGAUGUGGUGGAGACGACAUCAUACGAGAUGACCAAUUUGAAUGGCAAUACCUAUUAUCGCAUCGAGCUGAAGGCACACAAUGCCAUUGGCUAUUCGUCGCCAGCUUCUAUUAUUAUGAAGACGACACGAGGAGUCGAUGUCAUCCAAGUGGCCGAGCGUCAAGUUCUAUCAUCCGCCGCCAUUGUGGGCAUUGCCGUCGGCGGAGUCCUUCUGCUGCUCUUCAUUGUGGAUCUGCUGUGCUGCAUAACUGUACACAUGGGCGUCAUGGCCACCAUGUGCCGCAAGGCGAAACGUUCACCCUCGGAAAUCGACGAUGAAGCCAAAUUGGGAAGUGGACAGCUGGUUAAGGAGCCACCACCGUCACCGCUACCACUGCCGCCGCCAGUUAAACUGGGCGGAUCACCAAUGACAUCGCCAUUAGAUGAAAAGGAGCCGCUUCGUACACCAACUGGCAGCAUUAAGCAGAAUUCAACAAUCGAGUUCGACGGGCGAUUUGUUCAUUCUCGAAGUGGUGAAAUAAUAGGCAAAAAUUCGGCGGUGUAAAUGACGUACACACACCCACACACACA